CGCGCCCGCCGCGCCCCGCCCCUUGCCCGCGCCCGCGGGGCUCGGAGGAGGGCGGGCCCUUUUUGUUUGCCCCCGACAUUCCGCUGGUUCGCAGUGUCCCGCUGGCGGCGGAGCGGCGAGGUGGGGCCGCGCUGCUCAAACCCCCUCCUACAGCCACCCCAUCUCCUCCCCGUCCCGCUCCGCCCCGGCGGGGCGGGCGCUAACGGCGCUUCUCUCUCUGUCUCGCCCGGUGUCCUCGGUGCCGCAGCAACAGCAGCAGCAGCGGCGGCGGCCGGCGGGUUAAAUGGUUGCAGCGCGGGGAUGCUGGGGAGCAACCUCAAGAGCCUUCCCGACGUGGAGCUGGGCGAGGAGGAGCGCGGCUACCGGCGGGGCCCCGACGGCGGCGCGGUGAUGCCGAAGCGGGCGAAGGCGGCGGCGGCGGCGGGGCCGCGGGGCGCGGAGCUGCGCGUCUUCAAGGCGAGCAGCGCGGAGGGGCGGCUGCCGACCGGCUCCAACCUGCGCAAGCAGAAGUCGCUCACCAACCUGGCCUUCCUCACCGACGCCGAGAAGAAGCGGCAGCUCUACGAGCCCCGCUGGAGCGACGACAUGGCCAAGGCGGCGGCACCGGGGGCGGCGGCGGCGGGGGGCGGCCGGGGCGGUGGCGGUCCCCGCGGCCGGGAGGCGCCCGCCAUGUCGCGGAGCUUGUCCCGCUCCGAGCACUCGCUGCUGCCGCCGCGCCCCGCCGGCCCCGCCAAGCCGCCGCCCGCCGGGAAGCCCAGCCGCAUCCCCCGCGGGCCCUACGCCGAGGUGAAGCCCCUCAGCAAGGCCCCCGAAGCGGGCGGCGGCAAGUGCGACGACGAGCUGCUGGGCGGGAAGGGGCCGGCGGUGGCGGCGGGCUCCGAGGAGAAGCCCUACCUGAAGGUGGACCCCGAGCUGGUGGUCACGGUGCUGGGCGACCUGGAGCAGCUCCUCUUCAGCCAGAUGCUGGACCCCGAAUCCCAGAGGAAGAGGACAGUGCAGAACGUGCUGGACCUUCGGCAGAACCUGGAGGAGACCAUGUCCAGCCUGAGGGGCUCUCAGGUGUCUCACAGCUCGCUGGAGAUGACCUGCUACGACAGCGAUGAGGCCAACGCGCGGAGCGUCUCCAGCCUGUCCAACCGCUCCUCGCCGCUGUCCUGGCGCUACGGGCAGUCGAGCCCGCGCCUGCAGGCAGGGGACGCGCCGUCGGUCGGGGGCACGUGCCGCUCCGAGGGCACCCCGGGCUGGUACAUGCACGGCGAGCGGGCGCACUACUCGCACACCAUGCCCAUGCGCAGCCCCAGCAAGCUGAGCCACAUCUCCCGCCUGGAGCUGGUCGAGGCGCUGGACACCGACGACGUGGAGCUGAAGUCGGGCUACAUGAGCGACAGCGACCUGAUGGGGAAGACACUGACAGAGGAUGACGACAUCACCACGGGCUGGGACGAGAGCAGCUCCAUCAGCAGCGGCCUCAGCGAUGCCUCUGACAACCUCAGCUCGGAGGAGUUCAACGCCAGCUCCUCGCUCAACUCCCUGCCCUCCACCCCCACCGCCUCACGCAGGAACUCGGCCAUAGCGCUACGCACGGACUCGGAGAAGCGCUCGCUGGCCGAGAGCGGGCUGAGCUGGUACGGCGAGGGCGAGGACAAGGCGCCCAAGAAGCUGGACUACGACAGCAGCAGCCUCAAGAUGGAGCAUGGAUCCUCCAAGUGGCGGCGAGAGCCCUCGGAGGGUGGUGAGGAGGGGUCCAAGGGUGGGGAGCUGAAGAAGCCCGUCAGCCUGGGCACUCCGGGCUCCCUCAAGAAGGGCAAGACCCCUCCGGUGGCCGUGACGUCCCCCAUCACACACACGGCCCAGAGCACCCUCAAAGUAGCAGCAGGCAAGCCUGAGACCAAAGCCACCGACAAGAGCAAGCUGUCUGUGAAGAGCACAGGUCUGCAGCGUUCCUCCUCCGAUGCCGGCCGUGACCGUGCUGCUGAUGCCAAGAAACCACCCUUGGGUCUCACGCGCCCGUCGGCCUCCAGCUCCUUUGGCUACAAGAAGCCAGCUCCUGCCACCGGCACAGCCACCGUCAUGCAGGCUGGGGGCUCGGCCACGCUCGGCAAGAUCCAGAAGAGCUCCAGCAUCCCCGUCAAGCCGGUCAGCGGGAGGAAAACAAGCCUGGACGUCUCCAACGCAGCCGAGCCCGGCUUCCUGGCCCCAGGCGCUCGGUCCAACAUCCAGUACCGCAGCCUGCCCCGGCCGGCCAAAUCCAGCUCCAUGAGUGUGACCGGUGGCCGCGGUGCCAACCGUCCAGUCAGCAGCAGCAUCGAUCCCAGCCUGCUGAGCACCAAGCAGGGCAGCAUCUCAGUGUCGCGGCUCAAGGAGCCGUCCAAGAUUGGUGCUGGCCGUGGCACACCAGCGCCCGUGAACCAGACAGACCGCGAGAAGGAGAAAGCCAAGGCCAAGGCAGUGGCGCUUGACUCCGAGUGCGGGACGCUGAAGAGCGUGGGCUCGCCUGAGAGCACCCCAAAAGCACAGGCCAACCUCCCACCCGCGGCCAAGGUGGCCGAGCUGCCCCCCACACCUCUCAGAGCGGCUGCCAAGACCUACGUGAAGCCUCCUUCGCUGGCCAACUUGGACAAGGUGAACUCCAACAGCCUGGACUUGCCCUCCUCCAGCGAGCUGCCGCCGCCGCAGUCGGCCAAGCUGCAGGACCUGCACCCGGGCAGCGGGCACCUCGCGCCCUGCUUCAGCCCCAGUCCUGCCCCCAUCCUCAACAUCAACUCGGCCAGCUUCUCCCAGGGCCUGGAGCUCAUGGGCGGCUUCAGCGUCCCCAAGGAGGGCAGGAUGUACCCCAAGCUCUCCAGCCUGCACCGCAGCAUGGAGUCCCUGCAGAUGCCCAUGAGCCUGCCCAGUGCCUUCUCGGGGGGCAGCACCACCACCCCAGCCCCUGCUGCCGCUCCCCCCGCCAGCACGGAGGAGGAGGAAGAGGCAGGAGAGCUGGGCUGGAGCGGGAGCCCCCGGCUCGCACAUCUGGACAGUGCCAACCGUGACAGGAACACGCUGCCCAAGAAAGGCUUGAGGUACCAGCUCCACUCCCAGGAGGAGGCCAAGGAGCGGCGCCAUUCCCAUGCCAUCAGCAGCGGGCUGCCCGAGGCAGACGACCAGCAGGAGCUGCCCUCGCCCCCCACCCUCCCCAUGGCACUGGUUGGGAAGGGGCCGCUCACCAGCAUCGUGAGCCCCACUGCCACCGCAACCCCGCGGAUCACCCGCUCCAACAGCAUCCCUACCCACGACUCCACCUUCGAGCUGUACAGCACAUCCCAGAUGGGCAGCACCCUCUCCCUGGCUGACAAGCCCAAGGGCAUGAUCCGCUCGGGCUCCUUCCGGGACCCUGUGGACGAUGUUCACGGAUCGGUGCUGUCCCUGGCCUCCAGCGCGUCCUCCACCUACUCCUCUGCUGAGGAGAAGAUGCAGUCCGAGCAAAUCCGCAAGCUGCGCCGCGAGCUGGAGUCCUCGCAGGAGAAGGUGGCCACGCUGACGUCCCAGCUCUCCGCCAACGCCAACCUGGUAGCAGCUUUUGAGCAGAGCCUGGUGAGCAUGACAUCCCGCCUGCGGCACUUGGCCGAGACCGCUGAGGAGAAGGACACAGAGCUGCUGGACCUGCGGGAGACCAUUGACUUCCUGAAGAAGAAGAACUCGGAGGCCCAAGCUGUGAUCCAGGGUGCCCUGAACGGCACUGAUGUCACCCCCAAAGAGCUGCGUAUCAAGAGGCAGAACUCCUCCGACAGCAUCUCCAGCCUCAACAGCAUCACCAGCCACUCCAGCAUCGGCAGCAGCAAGGAUGCCGACGCCAAGAAGAAAAAGAAGAAGAGCUGGGUGUAUGAGCUGCGCAGCUCCUUCAACAAGGCCUUCAGCAUCAAGAAGGGACCAAAAUCAGCCUCGUCCUACUCCGACAUUGAGGAGAUUGCCACGCCGGACUCGUCGGCCCCCUCCUCCCCGAAGUUGCAGCACGGCUCCACGGAGACCGCCUCGCCCUCCAUCAAAUCCUCCACAUCCUCCUCCGUGGGCAUCGACACAGCGGAGCUCUUCCAGGCCCAUGGUGAGGGCGAGCCGGAGAAGAAGGAGGUGUCAGAGCUGCGGUCGGAGCUGUGGGAGAAGGAGAUGAAGCUGACGGACAUCCGCCUGGAAGCCCUCAACUCAGCCCACCAGCUGGAGCAGCUCCGGGAGACCAUGCACAACAUGCAGCUGGAGGUGGAUCUCCUCAAGGCUGAGAACGACCGGCUCAAAGUGGCUCCGGGGCCCUCGGCGGUGCCAGGCUCCGUUCCUGGCCAUGUCACGAGCUCAUCGGCCUCCUCUUCACCGCGGCGUUCGCUGGGUCUCACCCUUGGCCAUGCCUUCAGCCCCAGCCUGGGGGACUCAGAUGUGUCCCCCAUGGACGCCGUCAGCGCCGGCACCCAGAAGGACGAGCUGAUGCUGCGGAUCGUGGUGCGCAUGCCACCCCAGCACAUCAUCAAGGGGGACCUCAAGCAGCAGGAGUUUUUCCUGGGCUGGACCAAGGUGAGCGGGAAGGUGGACUGGAAGAUGCUGGAUGAGGCUGUCUGCCAAGUCUUCAAGGAUUAUAUCACCAAGAUGGAUCCUGCUUCCACGCUGGGGCUCAGCACCGAGUCUGUCUACGGCUACAGCAUCAGCCACAUCAAGCGGGUGCUGGACACGGAACCGCCAGAGCUGCCGCUGUGCCGCCGGGGCCUGACCAGCAUCGUGGUGACACUCAAAGGCUUGAAGGAGAAGUGUGUGGACAGCCUGGUGUUCGAGACACUCAUCCCCAAGCCCAUGAUGCAGCAUUACAUCAGCCUCCUGCUGAAGCACCGGCGGCUCAUCCUCUCGGGACCCAGCGGCACCGGCAAGACCUACCUGACCAACCGCCUGGCCGAGUACCUGGUGGAGCGCUCGGGUCGGGACGUCACCGAGGGCAUCGUCAGCACCUUCAACAUGCACCAGCAGUCCUGCAAGGACCUGCAGCUGUACCUCUCCAACCUGGCCAACCAGAUCGACCGGGAGACGGGCACAGCGGACGUGCCGCUGGUGAUCCUCCUGGAUGACCUCAGUGAGGCAGGCUCCAUCAGCGAGCUCGUCAACGGCGCACUCACCUGCAAGUACCACAAAUGCCCCUACAUCAUUGGGACCACCAACCAGCCUGUGAAGAUGACUCCAAACCAUGGCCUCCAUCUCAGCUUCAGGAUGCUGACCUUCUCAAACAACGUGGAGCCGGCCAACGGCUUCCUGGUGCGCUACCUGCGGCGGAAGCUGCUGGAGUCGGACACGGAUGUCAACGCCAACAAGGAGGAGCUGCUGCGUGUGCUGGACUGGGUGCCCAAGCUCUGGUACCACUUGCACACCUUCCUGGAGAAACACAGCACCUCCGACUUCCUCAUCGGUCCCUGCUUCUUCCUGUCAUGCCCCAUUGGAAUUGAGGAUUUUCGGACCUGGUUCAUUGACCUGUGGAACAACUCCAUCAUCCCUUACCUGCAGGAGGGAGCAAAAGAUGGGCUCAAGGUCCACGGGCAGAAGGCAGCCUGGGAGGACCCCGUGGAGUGGGUGCGGGACACCCUGCCCUGGCCGUCAGCGCAGCAGGACCAGUCCAAGCUGUACCACCUGCCCCCCCCCACCAUCGGGCCCCACAGCACCGUUUCCCCUCCCGAGGAGCGCUCUGUCAAGGACACGACGCCCAGCUCCCUGGACUCGGACCCUCUGAUGGCCAUGCUGCUGAAGCUCCAGGAAGCCGCCAACUACAUCGAGUCUCCAGACCGUGAGACCAUGGUGGACCCCGACCUGCAGUCGACUCUGUGAGGCCCGGACGUGCCGGCCCCCGCUCCCGCCGGGCUGCUCUCCCUUCCCUUUGGUGUGCCGGGGAGCUGGGUCCGGCCGCCGGACAGCGCGAGGCGCAUCCCCGCUCCCGAGCCGGGGGUAGGAGGAUCCUGGUUUCUCUUGUUGGGUUUGUUCUGUCUCUCUUGCAUAGUCCCGGCUCUGGGGCCGGGAGCCGCAGGGAGGGCUCCGUGUGGGGCAGGCCCCCCGCGGGAGCUGAAGCUGGGGCGCAGGGCAGCGUGCGGCCGCAGGACAGGAGCGAGGGGCUCCCGCUCCCUCCACCCAGCCCCGGGUAGCCGAGGGCAGGCUCUGCUGUCGUUGUACGUGCCCCGUUUCACCCGCAUGGCGCCGCCGCGGCCAGGACAGCCCAAUAAACCCUGCUCUGGUUAUUUUAUUUGGUUCCCCCCCCCCCCCAACUCCCAUCUUCCUUUGGCCGAGUCCAGACUUUGCUUUGGUCCCUUUUUUUGUUCUGGUUCUUUGCUCUCCCGGCCUGGAGCCUGUGACACAGUGCCCAUCACUUCCCCGUAAGCAGCUCCUUUUCCCUUUGGAUUCUUUUGCAGCUAUUGGUUCCACUACUCAAACCACCUCUGUUACAAAACUGGUGCUCACUGGACAAUCUCCAGUCCCUGAACUCACCUCCCGGGGCCUCACAGCUUGGCUGAGAUGGGACAUGGCAGCCAGGGGCAGCGGGAUGCUUCCAGAGCAGCCCCUCGCCUGGUGCCUCCCCGCUCCCCAAAAGCAUAAGGCAGGGUCUGGCCCUGGGGAUGGGGUCUCCCACCACGCCAGGGUCCCAUGGGGCAUCCAUCCCCAAGAGACCUGGGGCAUGGAGUGGGUGCUGCUGUCCCCUCCCUGGGCAGCCAUAGGGCGCACAACCUGGCCCAUGUCCCCGUGGUGCUGCUAGGCUGGUGCAGUCCCUUGUGUCCCCGGCUCCCCAAGGCCCUGGCAGGGUCUCGCUGUGCCCCAUGUUGUGCUCCGGGGAUGCCACGUGUCCUCUUGGCCCUGCCGUGCAGUGUCACAGGAGGCUCCUGGCACGGAGGGGAUCAGCCCCGGUGCUGCCGUGGUGCCUUAAUCUCCGGCCAUGCAGGAAGGGGGCACAUGGGCUUCAGGCUGGUGCUGUUGCAGCCUGCUCUGGCUGCAGUGCCCUAUGCCUGUCCCCAAAGCUGGCUGGGAUGCGAUGGGACAGGGGUGCUGGCGCUGGCCUGAGCACGGCCAAGCUGGAGCUGCUGCCUUCAGCACCCAUCGCUUGCCUGUCCCUAAGUGGGGUGCUCUGCUGCACCCGCACCUCCAUCCCUGAGCCCACUUCAGCUCUGCAUCCCCCAGCUCCUCCCUGCUGCUGCCCAGCUUGGCUCCUGCACCCUGGAGAGCCUUUUGGGGAGAGAUGCCCCCAGGGCUGGUUCUGCCAAGCCCAUCCUGUCCCUGCGCCCUGCCAGGCUGGGCACGGGGCAGUCUCAGCCCCCCUGGGCCCCCUCCAACCCCGGCAUCUCCUUGACGGCCCGGCCUUGCUGCCGGUGGCAGCCGCCACCCCUGCCCUUGGUGCUCUCGGCCGGGGCGCCUCGCCAUGCGCCCCGUGGUGCUCACUUGUCCGUGUGUCCGGCAGCCUCCCCGCGCUGCCCGGGGCCGCCAGCCUGGCCCCUUGCACAGGGGUGUCCUCCCCGUGCUGGCUUGGGCGCUUGGGCUCUCUGUUCGCCUUCUCUUGUGUUGCCGCUGUGGGCUAAGGACUCGCUGUAAAUAGGUGUGUAGUCGAAGGCCCCGCGUGAGCUGGGGGGGCCCGGCCCUGCGCCUCUUUCCUCCUCUGGUUUGGUUUGAUUUCAUUUUUUGUACUCUGUGAUAACUGUGCUGUGCUGACUUCUGUUCUGAUUGUACGAGACACCGGCUCAGCAGUCGCUCGAGGCUGGCGGUGAGGACCCGGCUCUCCCCUCCAGCCCCUCUCAUCCUCCUCGGGGCACAAAAAAGCACCUUUGGGGCUGCCCCGUGCUUGGGCAGUGCUGUGCCCAGAGGGUCCCGUCAGGGGAGAGCCCCACUUUAUUUUCUGACGCCUCUAAGAAGCCACAAACACAUGGACCAAACUGUCCCCGUCACUGGCUCUCUUGGGGCUGCACUGCUGGAUGUCCCCCAGCCCCUUUCCUGCAGGUUUGCCCCAUCCUUCCCAGAGGCUGUGGCACAGGAGGAAUCCCCAAGGGGCAGGGAAGGGUGAUGGCGAUGCCGGCGUGCCCCAGUGGAUUCCUCCUGGCUCACACAGAGUACCCUGUGUCCCCUGGCGCAGCACUUGGGGACUGAGCAUCCCUCAGUGCUGCCCCGUCUAUGGGCUGAGCCCCUCUGUCCCCAGGGGACACGUCCAAGGGUUGCACUAACUCAUCCCCCUGCCACCCCCAAAGGUGCCUGUUGUCCCCAGGGGUGCCUGUCACCCCCAUAGGAUCUGGUCACCCCUGAAGGUGCCUGCUGUCCCCAAGGGUACCCAACAUGCCCAAGGGUGCCCAUCACCCCCAACGGUGCCUGCUGCCCCCGAGGGUGCUGCCACCUCCAAAGGUGCCCAUGGCCCCUGGGUGCACCAGGGGCCUUCCCGAGGGGCUGGAGCAGGGAGAUGCCAGCACCUCACCCUCCUGCCCCCUCGAGCUGCUGCUGCCCGGUGGCCUGAACCUUUACAAUUUUAGCUUUUUUCUAUUAAAAACAAAACAACCUUUUUUUAAUUAAAAUAAAAGAUGAAAAGGACAAAUUCCUGUUUUAGAUGAUCUGUGUAACUGACUGGGUUUUGUGUUUCUUAACUGCAUGGUAUUCCUGCCCAGGGGUUUUAUAGCACUUUUUAAAUUUCUCUUUAAGAUUUUGGUCCGGAUUUCUACUGCUCUCGCCUGUCUGUCUUUGCUUUUCCCUCGCCUCCUCCAAGUUUGUAAACUCGCUCUAUUUUAUACCUGAUGUUGAGACCCAACCCCACAUUGUACAUAGCUGCGGGAACAAUCAUAGGGAACAAACACCAUCUGGACUCUUACCCACCAUUCGUUCUUUUUACUUACAAGAAACUUUCAAAGAAGUCUAAAAGGAAGCCAGGAAAAGGCUUGAGGAUAUUCCGAAAGACAGAAACAAAUCCAGCCCUGCACCAAGUCAGCUCCUGCUGCCCACGCUGCCCGCACCAACUGGCAUGUCUCUUCUCGGUCGUCUGUCUAACACCAUUGGAUUCAAUAAAGUUGUCUCCUGUUC